UAAACAUAUAAAGAAAAUCUUAAUAAAUAGAAAAAAAUGACUCCAUCAACGGAGAACGGAAACCAAAUGGACAGGACGUUUGGAACUAGUCGUCGUAGAUCCAGAAUCGAGCAUCGUCCUACUGAGUUCCUAAAUGAAUUGAGACCUGAAAUAGAAUCUAUCAGGGAAGAAAAUGAUAUGAACACGUAUAGCAAACAUAAAAAUGAAUAUUUUUUGUCUACGAAUGAAUGGGAUAAUAGCGGCGCGCCUAGUUUGACAGAUGUGACAAGUCAUGUAUCUACUCACUCCAAGAAUGAUAAUGCAAACAUGAUUCCUCCUAAGCGUUCGAUCGCUCUAAUUUUGGUUAAUAGUAUCAUGUCCGACAUGUCUUUUGGUGUCGCUUUACCAACAUCUCCUUCCUAUACUCAGAAACUUGGAGGUACAGAUGCAUUUUCUGGUUUGGUAGUGGGAAUUCCAACUCUUAUCUCAUUACUGAUGCUUUAUCCUAUGUUAUUGUUUGCAACACCAAAGUCUGCGAAGGGGUACACGUUGUAUUAUCGACCAAUGCUGGUUUCUGUCUUUGCUCACAGUGUCGGACAUUUGUUAUAUUGCAUGGCCGAUCAAGCAAAUUGGCUAUAUUUAAUUCUCAUUGGCCGUAUGUUUAAUGGUAUCGGGUUUACUAUGUUUUUAUAUCACAAAAAGUACACAACAGACAAAUUACUCGUUGGGCAGAAUCGUCGAACGUUUCUAGCAACUCUGAAUAUCCUGGCGCAAACAUUGGGUUUUAUGGCUGGUCCUUUCUUAGGUGGUAUUUUGGCGAAAGGUACAAGGAACUUGGAAAAUCGCGUUUUUAACCAAUACACUGGUGGCUCAUGGUUCAUGAUGUAUAUAUGGAUUCUUUUUGGUGUGUUUUUGGUCAUUUUUUACAAAGAAGUGUACCCCAAAGACGAUCAUACAGUUUUGGAAAAGCCUGUUGACGUUGAUGAAAAUAGCGGUCCAUUGUCACUCAGACAUAUAUAUUUGCUCUCUUUUCUUGGUUUGGCUGCUUUUGUAUCAUACUUUAAUAUUUCUGGCUAUCAAACCAGUAUACCGAUUUACGCGAAUAAGCUGUACAACUACAAUGCUUACCAGUCUGGUAAUUUUAUUUCACUAGCAGCAUUGGUCAUUUCGCCCUUUGUCUUCUUUAGCACCUUCCUUUCACGCUGGUUGGAGGAUCGACAUAUCAUGCUUAUCGGAUUCAUCAUUGGAAUCAUUGCUCUUGUGUUGCAUUUGGUUUUGGAUACUCUUCACAAAAUACCUGUUCAAGCGUAUUUUGUCUUAUAUUCAAUUAUGAUGUAUGGAUUUAGCAUUGGCUCGGCGCCUUUGGUUUCAUUAGCUUCCAAACAGAUGCAACCUAAGUAUCAUGUUUUGAGCAGCGUGCUAUUCCAGGUGGGAUUGUCCCUUUCCAACACUGUUGGUGCGAUCUGUGGUGGUGCUAUUUACAGCAUAACGACAGUUGGUUUUAUAGGCCUUUGUAUAGGACUAUCUGUUGUUUCAUUCAUACAAUUUUUGACUUUGUGGAAUUCCAUGAAGCUGAAGUUGAAUUAGGACACCGCAAGAUUAGGAGAUUUGAAAAUUUGUUGUAAUUUUUUGCAGUAUAUACCGAUGAUUAUAGUUUUUGCAACUUUCCGGUUUUUCUUACACGGCGCUGCACAAUCUAUAUUGAAAACGGUCUUUCACUUCCAGCUAUUCUGCUUUCAGGCAUGAAAUGACUGACAAUUUCAGGAUUCAUUGUCCGUUAAGGCAAAUGAAUACGGAUGAAGAAGGAUGUCCUAUUCGCAUAAUUUUCGGUACAUCCUAAACAUACUUUUCAUGGAAACCCAUGUUUACAGCGAAGUAUGAUUGUUUGUGGAGGUUUGAAGGAUACUAUAGAAAAAAUUGGUAAUUUUUGGUUUUGUGGGUUUGGUUAUUAUAUACGGGUAUCAACUAUUUACUUAAAUAUAAGGAUACACUGGUUAUGCAAUGUAUCUUUUUUUUU